CAAAGGUGAAAACUUGGAUUCGCUAGAUCGCCAAAAAAUGGCGUCUCACUCUUCGACUCUUUUCGCUUCUCCUUCUUCCUUCAAUCUCUCAUCCUCUCAUCGUCUCAAUCCUUCUACGAAAUACGUCAAUCUCCACUUUCCUCGUCCCAUAAAGAGACUACAUUUCGAUUUACGAUGUUCUGUCGCAAUUGAGAAAGAAGUUCCCGAAACCGAAAGGCCUUUCACUUUCCUUAGAGACUCUGAUGGUGGUACUCAAUCUUCUUCUUCUUCGGUUAGGGCUCGUUUCGAGACAAUGAUAAGAACUGCACAAGAUAAAGUCUGUGAAGCCAUUGAAACAGUUGAAGGAGGUCCUAAAUUCAAGGAAGAUGUUUGGUCUCGACCCGGUGGAGGCGGCGGAAUCAGCCGUGUUUUGCAAGAUGGAAAUGUAUGGGAGAAAGCUGGAGUUAAUGUCUCUGUGGUUUAUGGUGUUAUGCCUCCUGAAGCUUAUAGAGCUGCUAAAGCCGCCACGUCUGAGCAAAAACCAGGUCCCAUUCCGUUCUUUGCUGCCGGAAUCAGCUCGGUUUUGCAUCCUAAGAACCCUUUUGCUCCGACUCUGCAUUUCAAUUACCGGUAUUUCGAGACCGAUGCUCCAAAGGAUGUUCCUGGAGCUCCGAGGCAAUGGUGGUUUGGUGGUGGGACUGAUCUCACACCUGCGUACAUCUUUGAAGAGGACGUCAAGCACUUUCAUUCGGUUCAAAAACAAGCAUGUGAUAAAUUCGAUCCGUCCUUCUACCCUCGGUUCAAGAAAUGGUGUGAUGACUACUUUUACAUUAAGCACCGGGAUGAGAGGAGAGGACUUGGAGGGAUAUUUUUUGAUGAUUUGAAUGACUAUGAUCAGGAGAUGCUUCUGUCAUUUGCCACUGAAUGUGCAAGCUCAGUGAUACCAGCAUAUAUACCCAUAAUAGAGAAGCGUAAAGACACACCAUUCAACGAGCAGCAUAAGGCGUGGCAACAGUUACGAAGGGGGAGAUAUGUUGAAUUCAACUUGGUUUAUGAUCGCGGAACAACAUUUGGUCUGAAGACAGGAGGGCGAAUAGAGAGUAUUCUUGUCUCUCUUCCGCUAUCUGCAAGAUGGGAAUAUGACCAUAAACCAGAAGAAGGAACCGAGGAAUGGAAGCUAUUGGAUGCUUGCAUCAAUCCAAAAGAGUGGCUUUAGCUGAUUAAAGUGUGGUUAAUUCCCCAUUAGCUCUUUUAUUAAUUUUGUCUUUAGAGCCUUGAAAGGGUAAGAGUCUGAUGAAGCGUUAGUGCGAAAGAGAAUGAGUAAUUUGGCGUCAUCUCAUCAUGAGUUUUACUGACAAACGAAGGUAAUGAUGGUGAUGAUGGAGUUGGAGUAUAUAGUACCAAUCGUGAUGAUCA